UAUCAUAAUUAUUCACUCUUUUUCACCUUAAUGUCCCAUUUAUGGCAAUUGUCUUUUGCUUUCCUUUCCAUUCUUUAUCACCAGAAAUGCUCUUUGCCUCCCUUCAACUCCUUAUAACUCUACCUACGAAUUCUAACAUUACCAAAUCUCUCUCUCUCUCUCUCUCUCUCUCUCUCUCUCUCUCUCUCUCUCUCUCUCUCUCUCUUAAAGAGUGGAUCUUUGAAGAUCUAGCCUUGCUAAGGGUGGAAAAGAUAUUGAUGAUGGCCUCAGGCUACUCAAAUUCUCCAUGUGCUGCUUGCAAGUUCCUAAGAAGAAAAUGCAACCAAGAUUGCAUUUUUGCACCUUAUUUCCCACCAGAAGAGCCUCAUAAAUUUGUCAAUGUUCACAAAAUAUUUGGUGCAAGCAAUGUUAGCAAAAUUCUAAAUGAAGUCUUACCUCAUCAAAGAGAAGAUACAGUGAAUUCUCUAGCUUAUGAAGCUGAAGCAAGGAUUAAAAAUCCAGUGUAUGGUUGUGUUGGAGCUAUUUCAGUCCUCCAAGGACAACUCUUUAGGCUCCAAAAGGAACUUGAUGCUACAAAUGCUGAUUUGAUUCGUUUUACUCAUGAAGGUUCUUCUUCUCUUGGUCUUGGACAUGUUCACUCUGAUGACUUUUUCAAUUACCCUUCAAAUUUGAGCAAUGACAUGUGAUUUCAUUUUAACCUUUUAUGUGCAAUAAUUAGACUCCUAUGAAUUGAAUUCAAGUUUACCAUUUAGGGUUUCCUAUUGUAAAGUACUGGAUAUUUGGAUAUAUGUGUAUAUUUAUCAUAUGAAUAUAUAAUUAUAUGUUUUUAAAAAAUUAUAAUUUGAUA